GCGGCGCAGGCGCGGACUGGUUGGGGCUCCGCUUCCCUUCAGCCACCAGGCCCUGCGAGCUCCCAGCGGCGGCGGGAGCGGCGGGGCUGGAGAGGGGCGAGGAAGGGGCGCCGGCGCCGCCCCCGCGGGCAGGGAUCGCGCAGAGCCCCCCCCACCCCCGUCCCCGGCUCUUUGCAUCGCCCGCCGGGCGCGGCACCGCGCUUUGGAACCUUCGCCGCGCCAACGUUCCAAAGCGGGACCGGCAACGUUCGAAAUUGGAACGUCCGCGGCGGCUGCGGCGGCUUUGUUCCCUCCUCCCCGCCCCUCCUCCCUCUCUCUCCCUCCUCCCCACCGCCCCUCCUCCUCCCCCGCCGCCCCCUCCUCCCUCCCUCGAAGCCCCCCCGGCGACCCCUCCCACCCACCCCUCCACCCCGGGCGCAUGGAAGGCGCCUGAAGACCCCCCGCCCCAGCCCCAAGAAGCCCACCCAGAGACCCCGCCUUGGGAAUCGGAGGCAGAGGUCUCAUGGUACCCAGUGACGUGUCCUUCUUGUGAGAUCCAGUCCCCGGAGUCCCCCGAAAAAAUGUCAGGAAUCCAGGCCGUCUGGCAGUCUGGUACAGAAUGUAUCGCCAAGUACAAUUUCCACGGCACUGCCGACCAGGACCUUCCGUUCAGCAAAGGAGAUGUUCUCACCAUCAUCUCUGUCACCAAGGACCCCAACUGGUACAAAGCGAAAAAUAAGGUGGGCCGUGAAGGGAUCAUCCCAGCCAACUACGUGCAGAAGCGGGAAGGGGUGAAGGCCGGGAUCAAGCUCAGCCUGAUGCCUUGGUUCCACGGGAAGAUCACCCGCGAGCAGGCUGAACGGCUGCUGUACCCACCUGAAACGGGCCUCUUCUUGGUGCGCGAGAGCACCAACUACCCAGGGGACUAUACCCUCUGCGUCAGCUGCGACGGGAAGGUGGAGCACUACCGCAUCAUGUACUCCUCCAGCAAGCUCAGCAUCGACGAAGAGGCGUACUUCGAGAACCUCAUGCAGCUGGUAGAGCACUACACCUCGGACGCUGACGGAUUGUGCACACGCCUCAUCAAGCCCAAAGUCAUGGAGGGCACCGUGGCUGCCCAGGACGAGUUCUCGCGCAGUGGAUGGGCCCUCAACAUGAAGGACUUGAAAUUGCUGCAGACCAUCGGCAAAGGCGAAUUUGGGGAUGUGAUGCUUGGCGAUUAUCACGGGAACAAGGUGGCUGUGAAAUGCAUUAAAAACGACGCGACGGCGCAGGCCUUCCUAGCAGAAGCUUCAGUAAUGACGCAGCUACGACACAGUAAUCUAGUGCAGAUGUUGGGGGUGAUUGUGGAAGAAAAGAGUGGCCUCUACAUCGUCACGGAAUACAUGGCAAAGGGAAGCUUAGUCGAUUACCUCCGCUCCCGAGGGAGGUCUGUGCUGGGAGGAGAUUGCUUGCUAAAGUUCUCCUUAGACGUCUGCGAAGCCAUGGAGUACCUGGAAGCCAACAAUUUCGUUCACCGGGACCUGGCGGCGAGGAACGUGCUUGUCUCGGAGGACAACAUUGCCAAAGUCAGUGAUUUUGGGCUGACGAAAGAAGCCUCGUCCACCCAGGACACGGGCAAGUUGCCGGUGAAGUGGACAGCCCCAGAAGCACUUAGAGAAAAGAAAUUUUCCACGAAGUCAGACGUGUGGAGCUUUGGUAUACUUCUCUGGGAAAUCUACUCCUUCGGGCGAGUGCCUUAUCCGAGAAUUCCUCUGAAGGACGUAGUUCCUCGCGUGGAGAAGGGAUACAAGAUGGACUCCCCCGACGGCUGCCCCCCGAUUGUCUACGACGUGAUGAAGAACUGCUGGCACUUGGACCCUGCCCACCGGCCUGCCUUCCACCAACUACGGGAACAGCUAGAGCAUAUCAAAGCCGCCGAGCUUUACCAGUGAGGGCGGGGCUGGGGGCUGGGCUUCCUCCGGACACGCCUCUUCCAUCACUUCCUACGAUCCACCUCCUCCCCCCACCUCACUUGCACGUGUGUCGGGGUGGGGUGGGGGGGUCUGAGCAAGGGACCGAGCGCGUUGAUUAUUUUUUUUCAUUUGAUCAGGAAUCGGCACCUCGCCACUCAAAGGACCGUACUUAGAUAAACCAUACUGGACUUGUGCGUAUCCACAACCUACCUUGGUGGGUGGCCGCAGGGGGAGGAAUCUGGCUUUUUCCGCAGCCGCGGGGAGCUCUCUCCUGCAUCCCUUUCACCUGAAGAUGCACAUGAAAGAAGCAACGGCAGAUCUGCCCGCCUCCCAGGGUUUUCUUCACUCCCCACCUUGUAGGAAUCCGAUUGGCCAUGGAGGAUUUAGCGAUAUUUUAGUAGCAUGUUCUUAGCCUUCCAAACAGUCUCCAAUUCCUCUUUGCGGAUCGAGGCCCACUUCUGUCUUUCCUUCCCCUUUUAAUUUCUCCUUAGGACCUGACUUUGUACCGACAGGGAGGAAUUAAAAAGAGGCGUGAAAUUCAGUCACAAUCAGGAGAGGAGACCGAGGGAAGGAAAAGAGAGUUGGGGGGGGGGGGGUUAAGAUUGGAGGGUUUUUCAGCGCCUUUUGGUACUUUUGCUGUUUUGGGAACCACCCAGUUCCCAAUCCAGUAUUUUCUCCCCCCUCCCGCAGUCUUAUUUUGUUCCAGGUAUUUUUAUUAUUAUUAUUAUUAUUACGAUCCUGUUUUUCUCGUUUUCAAAACUGCACCGAAAGAAAAAAUCAGCUCGUCUGCUGGGUUGUACCGAAGUUACAAAUCUUAUUUUUUAAGGUAAUGAUUAAAAAAAGUUUUAAAAAGAGAAAGAGAGAGGAGAAAUCCACACAGACACAAAGUAAACCACGCUCGACUUUAGCGAGCUUGUAUCCAGGCCGCCCGGCGAGGGCACGUUUCAAACCGUAGACGCCACCCCACGGAUCGACCGUUUUGGAUCGUUUUUUGCUUACGACGGUGUUUGCAUGCCCAUCUUCUGAGGCCUUUUCCGGUCCUGUCUCGUGCUUUUAUGCUCAUUUAAUGCUGCCGACCAUGAGAUUAAACUGUAAUAAUAAAAAGAAACCAUUCCAUACAA